AUGACCGGCGGCAUGACUGUGUACUACAUGCAAGCCGACUUCAACUCCAACGGCAACCAAAAGAUCACCAGCUUCAAGCCCGGCUUCCGCAUGACGGUCGGCAGCCCCACCACGACGGGCGGCAACGCGCCCAACCUCCACUACACAUGUCUGCAGGACAUCAUGACGCGCUUCCCCGAGACGACCACGUUCCCUACAUCGCCCUGUCCAGCCGGGAUCAUGGCGAUCCACCACUUCCCCGCGUGCUGGGACGGCAAGAACCUGGACUCGCCCAACCACCAGGACCACAUGUACUACAGCGGCACGGGCGGGUUCGUGGCGCACCGGGCGUGCCCGUCGUCGCACCCCGUGCGCAUGCCGCACAUCGCGCUCGAGACCAUGUGGGACACGCGCCAGUUCAACGACCGCAACCUGUGGCCCGCCGACGGCUCGCAGCCCUUCGUCUGGAGCUACGGCGACACCAAGGGGUAUGGCACGCAUGCGGAUUACGUUUUUGGCUGGAAGGGCGAUGCCCUGCAGCGUACCAUGGACUCGCGCGCCCUGCUGAGUGAUGGCCUCAAGACCCAGGCUGUGGCUACGGCGAAUCGGUGCACGAUUCCGGCUACAGUGCGGGAGGAUGUUGAUGGCUGGCUUGAUGCGCUUCCUGGCCAUAGUAGUCAAUAA